AAUCAGAAUUGUUCAUUCAAAACAUUUUUCUCGUAUCGCUUCGUUAUGGUGAGGUAUCCGCAUUGAUGGAACAUAUGCAAAAGUUGGACGCAAGUUUAUCGAUUUGGCGUGCUACAUUGCUGCAGACAUGUCACUAUCUGGAAACGCAGAAUCUUCUCAACUCACUUUACCAGCUGCAGUUGUUGUUGCAAGAUCCGGUACGUGCCGCCAUGACUUGUGUGAGAUUCUAUUCCGCGAACUGUGACAACUUCCAGCAGCUGCAGGCGAAUGCAAUGCAUUUGCAUAAUGCGCAACAACAUUUACAAUCUCAGCUGGAGUUAACCGAGUGGGAUAAAGUGAGUGUGGAGCCCUUGCAGCGCAAAAGAAACAGUUCCAUCGGCAGUCGACGCUCAAGUGUGGCGUCUAGGGCGAACACGCCGUCUAUGCAUUCAAACUUUUUAAUGGAAAUGGAUGCGCGUGCACUGAACAGUCACAUUAAUACGAUAUCAAUGCAAUUAGAAGUGACAAAAUUUCUGGCACAUUGUGAGAUAGAGAUGAGCGUAGCAGACGAACCCAUUACUUUGAAAACGUUGAAACAGAUUCGCGUUGAUAGCACGGGCAAGUUCAAGCUGCCAACACUAUUUGAUGCACUUCCAGAUCGAAUACAAAUUUGCAUUCUAAUUUUAUUAUGUGGCAAAAAUAUCGACGAGGGAUUUGGUUUGACAUAUAGGAUUAUUCAUUAUUACAAAUUGCCCGACGUAAAAGUUUAUGCAGCAGCUGCCAAAUUUCUUGCCUGCAAUCAGCGCAUUGGCGAAGUGGAGAAGCUCAUAAGCUGCAUAACUAGCAACAAUGGCAUCAAAACUCGCGACAUUGAUGAAAUUCUCUCGGCUGCCAUCAACUCGGCAUCCAAUAGCAACGAGGCAGAAGUAAAAACUGCACUUGAUAAUCUCGCUAAAAAAAUUCACAGUGUGGAAUUGCGCAUAUCUUGUCACAUAUUCAUUGGACAGUUGAAAUCCGCUUAUCUUUUAGCGAAUAAGUAUGAACGUAUUGGAGAUAUACGCCGCAUACUUCGGCAAGCCGAACUAACGAAUCAGGUGCACAUAAAGAAAUUAUGUGAAAGAAAGUUAAAUUUCAACGCCUCACCGCGCGAGUGAUUUUAACCUUGACUGACUAGUAGAAGAAGUAUAUGCCCGAUUAUGCGUAUUUCUGCAUUUUUAAAAGGAAUUACUUGUUAGAUAUUUACACACAUCAUGUGAUUUUAUGCCCAUCUCAUUGUAAGUUUUACCAAAUUUAUACCUACAUACAUACAUAUAAUAUAUUAUCCAAAAUAAAGUGGAAGAAAUUGUA